AUGCUUCCAUUUCCCAAACAAGCUUUCUUUCUAAUUAAAUCUCCAUUAGUUGAACUCCUUUCAUUGCCAAGGUCGUAUAGGGGCCAAAUCUUGGAUGAUGUAUUUAAUUGGGUAGCCUCAGGGCGAGAAGAACACACAAGAAUUGCUUCAAUUGAAGUUUUUUCUUUCUCGUUUAUGUCUGUGAGGGGUGAAUGUAUCGACAAUUGCCAAUUGAAGUUGUUAUACCAAAAAAUAAGAUUUUGUCAUGAAAAAGCCCCGAAGUCAAAUGAUGAAGUUUAG